UAUCAUAAUGGACAGUGAAAAUAACCAUUCUGAUCCCUUGAACCCCCAGCAGCAGGAGGAGGAUGAGUUCCGCCACCUGCUUAUUCAAAGCUUUGUAGAUAAUGAUACUACCAUCCACAGCCUAUGGGAGGAGCGACACCAGAACUACCCUGUCGGCCCCCACGAGGGGGUUUUGCAGCAUGAUCAAAACGCGGUGGCACACAAUGCUUACAAUCAUCAGCAGCUCGAGUACCUCCACCAGCAACAGGAGCAAAAUCAGAUACUCCUCCAGCUUUACCGGAACAUGAUGGAAUAUAGUCCUAUGGACCACCCCGUCGUCCGCGGCCUCGACCAGGAGGUGCAGCAGAACCUUGUCCACCAGAACACGGCGGUACCGGGUACUAACAAUCCGCUGGAGUUAUGGUACAUGAUGCUACAUAAUACAACAAACAUUAACUCUCAGCCACACCAGAAUCAUGUUCCAAUUCAGCAAUUCCCUCAGAACGAGCACAAUCUAUUAAUGCCCAAUAAUGCAGAAAUUAUUCCACAGAAUAGCGAAAACGUAAUUCAGAAUCUUCCUCCUGGCUAUAGAUUUUUACCCACGGACGAGGAAUUGGUAAAUGAGUACCUGAAGAACAAGGUUGAGAACAAACCCUUACCGUGUAACGGGAUUAUUCACGAUGUCCUGAUCUAUGACUCCAAUCCUUACGAACUCAUUGAGCAAUAUGACAGUUUUGAAGGACAAUGGUACUUCUUUACGUCAAGGGAACGGAAGUAUCCCAAAGGGAAGCGGCCGCGACGCAGCGCCGUCAAUGGGUACUGGAAGCCCACCGGAAUUGAUAAGACCAUCUUUCAUGAUAAUCUUCCCAUUGGAUACAAACUGGUAUUGGAUUUUUAUGAAGGGAAGCAUCAAAAAGGACCUAGAACAGAUUUGAAAAUGCAUGAAUAUAGAAUUCAGCUAAAAAGUGAUGCUCCAUUCACCGGUACAAAAGGAAACCCCGGGAAGUUGGACAAGUGGGUUCUGUGUAAAAUAUACAGAACAAGAGGAGGUAACGAUAGAGAUGACAAUCAAGAAGGUGGUGAUCAACUAAUGAUCGAUCAAGAAAAUCAUGAUCAGCCAUUGAACGGUGCUGAUGCUGGCAGCAGUACCAUGCCAAUCCUGGAAGAUUCUGCACUAAAUUCUAAUGAUGAUAAUCUGAAUCCGCAAGAUAACUCACGAAUGAUCAACACUGAUGCAGAUAAAAAUACUAUGCCAACAUUGGAAGAGUCCGCAACAAACACUAGUGAUGACAAUGUGAUGCAGUGGGAUAACGGGAGAAUGAUCAACACCAAUGCAGAUGCAAAUAUCAUGCCAGCAUUGGAAGAAUCUGCAUUCAAUUCUAGUCAUGAUAAUUUGAUGAAGUGGGAUAAUGCGAAAAUGAUCAAAACGGAUGCAGAUGCAAAUACAACGCCAACAUUGGAAGAAUACACAUUGAAUUCUAGUAAUGAUAAUCUGAUGCAGCAGGAUAAAGCGAGAAUGAUCAACAUUGAUGCAGAUGCAAAUACUAUGCCAACAUUGGAAGAAUCGACAUUAAAUUCUGAAAAUACAAAUAACAAUAAUGUGAUGCAGAAGAAUAAUGUGAGCGCGAUAAACACGCCAGCAUUGGAAGAAUCAGACGUUUUGAAUAUUCAAAACACGUCUCAAUCAGACUUUCUGAAUAUCCCCAAUGGCUGCAAAAAAGAAUCAACCUCGUCUCAACCAGACUUCUGGAAUAUUCUCAGUGGCUGUGAGAAAGUAUCGACCUCAACGGAUAAUUCUGGAAUACCUUUUGAUCUAGAAUAUUUUACUAAUUUUCAUAUUGAACCACCGAUACCUCUUGAUGAACAUUUUUUUAGUGAUAUUGAAGAAGAAUCAGAGCAGGAACCAAAAAAGGCAAGACAGAUGGCCUAAUUUUUCA